UCACACGUAGAUAGUUGGGAAAGUUGAAACGCGGAAAGUUUUUAAGCCGGCAUAAAAUACUUGCGGGGAUACAGAAAAAAAUCUAAAAUAAAAGUGAUUGGAAAAAAAGUAUAAAAAUGACAAAUUGGAAUUAAAUUGUAAUUUAACAUUACAUGGUACAAGAUUUUUGACCACUGCCAAAAAUCGGGUUAAUUUGGAAAAUUCUGUGUUUGGCUGAAUUAUAAGAACAAUAAUUUUUCACAGAAACGGUACAGAGUUUCGUCCUUUUUUGGUUAAACUUUUUAAUAAAGAAAACUUACGAUCCACAAAGGAAAAAGGAAUAUAAUUAAAGAGUUUUAAUGGACACUGUGGAGGAAGAAACGAGUCCACCACCUUCGCCUAAUCCAGAUGGUGAAUGUCACAAGUACUUUCUGAAUUCUUCACCUUCUGCUCCCCAAAUUUUUAUCAAUAAUGAACAACUACACAGCGACCACUCUUCAAGGAAAUGCUCGUUUGCUCACAUUGAGACGCCUAGUAAUUCUAGAAGCGGCUCCAGGAGAGCUUCGGCCAUUAUUCAAGCUCUAAGACGACCAUCCCAAGCAGUGGCUUUAUCUGCCGCUCACGCCGUAAUGAACCAGAGGAGAUACAUUAUGAGGUUAUUCAAUGAUUCUAAUGAAAUGCCAAAAAAAGACUGCGAAGUGAAGGAGCGGAGAAAAGUAGAGAAGAAUAGGGCAUACGGCAACGAUGCACUUUCUAUUAUUUUGUCGGCUUUAUAUGCGAAACUGUUAGUCGUAUUAGGAAUGGCGUUUCCCGUAAUACAAGUUUUAUCAAACACUGUUGCACCUUUUUAUUACCAAGGAUUUUAUCUUUACCUUUAUUUUGGAAGUAUCGGCUUUGUAAUUUACAUGUACGCAACUUUUGUCAAAGAAAAAGCGCUCGAAGACAUGAUUAAUAAUUACGGUGACCAGGAGAAAAUGGAAAUGAUUAAAAAGCCACCCUUGGAAGCUCCGAAAUAUGGAAGUUUCUACUUAAGAUUAGGAGCUAUUGGCUUUGGUAUUGGCAGUAUGGUAUACUCUGGGCUGGAAUUCGGUCGUUACUUCGAGCUUAAAAGCAGACCAGAAUGCAACAAUCCCGAUAUUCUUCAAGCCGUAACUCCUGUUGCCAGAAUGGUUCUUACGCUAGUCCAAGUUCAGUUUAUAUUUCUUAACAGCAAGGAAAUCGAUUUCAAUAAACACAAACUAGUUUCAAGAUUUGGAAUCAUGCAUAUGAUUGCAACUAAUCUUUGCGAAUGGCUUGACGUCUUAGUCGAAGAAACGAAACAUGAAAUCAUCCAUUUGGCAGAACAUAAAAAUGCAACUACUUACGAAAACGACUCAUCCGUUUGCCAAGAUGGUCUUGUCAUGAGUACAUUAGUGGCAAAUGCCAGUCCAUUUUUGUUUCCUUGUACCAUCGAAUAUAGCUUGAUAUGUGCAGUUAUUUUAUUUGAAAUGUGGAAAGGAGUGAAAAUGAAGGUAGAUGGAGAUAGUGACAAAAACGUCAGGUUUAAUACAAAUCAGAAUGGAGUUACUACUCAUUUUAAAUUCAAUCAAUUCGGAGGUAGAAUGGUGAAUUCAAAUCAUCACUUUACUAUCGAUUGCUCGAAUGCCCAUAAGGGUUUAUUUGCAGGAAUUUUGGUAAUAGUGUUGACUAUAAUAUCCCUGAUUAUGUUUUUCGUGUUAACAAAUACCCAGAGAACAAAUAAAAACAUUGCUAUAUUCGAAGUGAAUGUGGUAGAACUAAUUUUGUAUGUUGUCACAUGUUUAGCUGCUCUAUUAGCUAUGUUAAAAAUGAGAAAUUUAAAAUAUGAUAGAAGAAUCGGUCACGAAGGAAACAGUUCCGGACUGGGAUUGGAUUGCACGUUGCUCGUGGUUGCUCAAACAGGAAUGUUUAUUUAUUGCGUGUUUUCCAUCAUCGGCUGUUGCUUCACUAACGAUUCUAAUAACAAUAUCGAAGUGGUGGUGGAAAUAUUUUCCUUCAUUCAAACGUGCAUUCAAACCAUCUUCGUGUUGGACGCUUGGUGGAGAAAAUGCAGGAGUAUCGAACAGGUGGAACACAAACCCGGAAGGGAGAUAAUCACUUUCUUGAUCGUUGCUAAUAUGGCUAUGUGGGCUAUAAAUACAUUAGAGAAGAACAGAGCCGAAUUUAGACCGAGUCAUUUGAAUUUCUUCGGCGAUUGGGCGUGGACAAUAAUAACGCACGUUUCCAUGCCACUGGCUAUUUUCUACAGAUUUCAUUCGACUAUUUGUUUAUUCGAGAUUUGGAAGACUGCAUAUAAGAUUAAAACGAAAUACGACGCCCAACUAUUUCCUUUAAUGUAGAAAAGUAGGUUUCUUCUUUACCCA